AUGGCGAAGCGGCUCAAGGACAUGGGCGACUGGAGGCUCGUCUCGGACGAGCCCGCCGAGCGCGUGUCCAAUCCCGGCACGCCGACCCGGCGGACCCGCCGAGGCACAGCAGAAACGCCGGGUGCCACGUUGCGGUUGGUGCGGGAGAGCGACGGGACCAGUCUUUCGAGGGGCGACUGUAUACUUGUGAGCGGCGAGCCGAAAAAGGUGCCGAUUGACGGGGACUCGUACUAUGCGGUGGUGGUGGAUGUGAGCAGCAGCAUCAACACGUAUGUGGAGGUGGUGGUGGCGCCGCUCGUCCGGCCGUUGGAGGGCGGGGAAGAAGACGAGAGUGGAGAGGAGGGAGAUGGGGAGGGUGUAAUUGGAAAGGGGGGAAUCGAAAAGGAAGGAAAUGAGAAGGGGGAAGAUGAAAUGGGGGAAGAUGAGAAUGGGGAAGAUGAGAAUGGGGAAGAUAAAGAGGACGGAGAUGAGAAGGUGAAAAGGACACAGGAAUCCACAACACUCGUGGAACAAGGCGCCCGCCAUACCGAGGCCCAGAACACCGGGGAUCGUGGGGGAAACGGCACGGCAAACGCGACCGCCGCUGGCAAAGAAUACAUUGCGGGGAAGGAUAAAAUCAGUGGCCCGCAACACAUUGCUCGAAGCGGGCCGGCCGCUGGAAGCGGGGCCACGGGGAACCCCGGAACUGGUGUCGGCAUUGAUACUCCCAACAUCGACACCCCCGGCAUCGACACCCCCGGUAUCGACACCCCCGGCGAUAACACCCCCGGCGCCGCCACACUAGUCAGCGCGCUCCCCCAGCUUGCCGCCAGCGAGUUACUCGUCGCGGCCGAGGUCGGCGCCGUCCGGCUCCAUGACAUCGUCGAGAAGGUCCAGGUGCUCUCCGCCGCGCAGUUUGGCGACAUGGCGCCCGAGGCCGCGGAGCAGAACUCCGUGUUCAUGUGCCGCCGCGCCACGGACCGCCACGUGGAGCGCGUGUCGGCUGCGUUCGACUUCGGCGCGUGGCGCGGCUUGCUCGCCCGCAGCCCGGCGGACGCGGUGCAGUUUCUUGCGGAAAAGACGCUGGUGAUCGUGUCGCCCAGCAAGAAGCGCGUGCCUGCCAAGGCGCCCGGCAGCGCCGCCAAGCCGCGAGCCCGCCCCGUGCGGCGCCUGUACGUCGUUUCCAGCAGCGAUUCCGACAGCCUCUCGAGCGGCUCGGCCAGCAGCGGCUCGGAGGACUCCGGCGCCGAGCUGGACGGCUCCGCAAGCCCGGCGGCGCGGCGCAAACGGCAGCGGGCCCAGCGCACGCCCCGGCAGCGGCACACGGACGCGGUGCAGCGCGUGGCCAGCGUGCUCCUGCCGCACCGGCGCGGGUUCAAGGUCAAGGCCGGCACGGCGCCGUCCAGCUUGCCGAGCUUGCCGAGCCUGGGCGGGCAGCCAGGCCCGGGGGCCCAGCACGACGGGGCCGACGGGGCGGGCCGCGCGUUCCGCGAGCUCCGCGAGAAGCUCCACACGCUGACGCGCUUGGCGCUGCUCCCGUGCCGCGAGGACCAGUUCGCGUACGUGUACACGGCGUUGGAGGCCGCGGUGCAGGCCGAGCAGGGCAUGUGUCUCUACCUCAGCGGGCAGCCCGGCGUGGGCAAGACCGCCACGGUGCGCGAGACCAUCGGCGCGUUGCACGACAGCGCGCGGCAGGGCUACGUGCGGGAGUUCGACUACUGCGAGCUCAACUGCCUCGCGUUGCUCUCGCCCGGCGCGGCGUACGAGCGCUUGUACGAGCAGGUCAGCGGCAUCAAGGUCACGCCCGCCAACGCGCGGCUCCUCCUCCAGGAGCACUUUGCGCAGGCGUCGGCGGACUCGACGCGGCGCCCGCUCGUGGUGUUGGUGGACGAGUUGGACCAGCUUGUGGCGCGCGGCCAGGACGUGCUCUACAACCUCUUCAACUGGCCCACGUUCGCGCACUCACGGCUCGUGGUGGUGGCCGUGGCCAACACCAUGGACCUUCCGGAGCGGGCGCUCUCCAACAAGACCGCGUCGCGGCUCGGGCUCCACCGCUACGCGUUCAAGGGCUACUCCGAGGCCGAGCUCGGCGUGAUCAUCGCGCACCGCCUUGCGCUCUUGAGCGAGGCCAACAAGCGCACCGUGGCCAUCUCGCCGGACGCCAUGCGCUUCGCGUGCAAGAAGGUGGCCUUGGUCAGCGGCGACGCGCGGCGUGCAUUGGCCAUCUGCCGCCGUGCCGUGGAGAUCGCCGAGCUCGACUACUUGGCCGCCACGGACACGGCGCACGUGCCGGCGGCCCAGCAGGCGUACAGCGUGCGCAUCUCGCACAUUGGCCGCGCCAUUGCCGAGACCGUCAACUCGCCCGUGGCGCAGGUCUUGGCCAGCUUGCCGUUUGCGGCCAAGGUGUUUUUGGCCACGGUGCUACUGUGCAUGCGGCGCUCGGGCCGUGGCGACGUGCCGUUGGGCGACGUCAUGGACGACAUGCGCCACGCGCUCGCGUUGUUGACCACCUCGGGCUCUACGCACGCGCUCCGGGCCUUGGCCGAAGACGCGUCCUACGUGUCGUUGUUCUACGGCGACGGGCACGGCGGCGCGCCGCACGUGCGCCUCCGCCACGUGGCGCACAUCGUCAGCGACUUGGCUGACCAGGGCAUCAUCGAGCAGCAGAACGUGGCCAGCGAGCGGCUCCGCGCCAUCAGCCUCAAGGUUUCGGAGAGCGAGAUCGUGCCGGUGAUCUCGCGCGACUUGGACAUCGCGGCCAUGCUCUAG